AUGUUUGAUCUCUUCAAACAUCAGGGAUAUGACUGCGAUGGCCAGAAGAUGGAGUUGGGCAAAAUAGCCCCUGAGGGCCGCACUGAUGUGGCCGAGGGUAGCAUAUUGGAAAUUGAGCCCAGUGUUGCAAUGACAAGUGAACACAAUUUGCACGUUGUCCAACAGGCAAUUGAGACGAUUGGAAUGGGAAAAUAUCAAUGGCUGCUGGCCUUUUCCUGCGGAUUUGGCUUCCUGGUAGACCAGAUGCUGCUCGUUUCCGUAAGCCUGGUCACGCCCCAGGCCUCCAUGGAGUUUGACCCACAGUAUCCGACGCUGCUAUCGGCCGCAUUGUAUGCUGGGCUGGUCAUUGGCGCACUAUCCGUUGGGCAGCUCGCGGACAUCGUGGGAAGAUUCCUGGUCUGGCAGCUUUCAAUCUUCGGCGUGGCUAUCUUCUCCAUGAUCGCUGCCAGUGCUCCCAACUGGACUGCCCUCAACGUAUUUGUGGCACUUACUGGCAUUUUUGGAGGGGGCAAUUUGGCGAUUGACUUGACGCUGCUCACCGAGUGUCUUCCCGUCCGAUUCUCGUUUAUUUUGACUGGCCUCGCCAGUGUCUGGGGUCUGGGAAGCGCGAUAACGGGAGCCAUAGCCUGGCCACUCUUGGUUAAUUAUGGAUGUCCCAAUGGCGAGACAAUGACAAUGUGCUCUAAGAACUCCAACAUGGGCUGGCGGUAUCUGUAUAUCACACUGGGAGGACUAGGCCUUGUGAUGAGCAUCGUUCGAUCAUUCGUUUUGCAUUCCCAGGAAUCACCAAAAUGGCUUGUUGCAAACGGCCAGGUCGACGAAGCUGUUUACGUGCUCAACAACAUCGGCAAGAGUAAUAAAUCAGAACACCGCGUCACGCGCCAAGACUUCAUUACCAAUACUGUCUCAGACACAAAGUCGUCCAGGCAUCGCAAUUUUCGGCGUAUUAUUCAGAGUGUCGUUACUCUCUUUACUGGAUCAGGUCAGCUACGUUUGAUGAGUUGUUUGAUAAUGACAUGGGCUCUUAUCGGUAUUUGCUAUCCGCUGUUCAUAAUAUUCCUUCCAUACUACCUUGAGGCACAUGGAGCUCGAUUGGGCACGAGCAGCUCAUACCAGACUUACCGUGACUGGACCGUGUCCUCGGUUGCAGGAAUCCUUGGGCCGUUUCUAGGCAUGGCAAUGAUUGCGGCCCCUUGGCUCAAGUCUCGCCGAUCAAUUGCUACGGCCGCUUUUGCUUGUGCCGCAUUUUCCGGAGCCUUUACAUCUGUAAAGACCGAGGCCCAGAAUUUGGCAUUCUCCUGCAUGAUCAACUUUUGGCUGAAUGCCCUUUACGGAAUUGUCUACGCGUGA